ACACGUGCAGACUUCAACAUCGAAAAGACAAGUACUCGAGAUUCAACUUCAGUCACAAGAAGAUGACAAAAGUCGAGACAAUUUGAUUAGUUGUCAUGAUUGCAAUCAUACUAUAACCCUCAGAAACUCACUCACAAAGACAAAACCCCCAGGUCAUCCCUCUCCGAAAAACCAUGGCACUAUCAACCAGCACCCUCUUCACCCUAGCCAUCAUCCUCCGCAUAACCCUCUUCACCUACGGUCUCUACCAAGAUCUUCACUCCCCCCUAAAAUACACCGACAUAGACUACCACGUCUUCACCUCCGCCUCUCAAUACACCUCUCAAUCGCAGUCGCCCUACACACGAGAAACCUACCGAUACACGCCUCUUCUCGCGUGGCUGCUCCUCCCCACCACAUUCAACCCCGCAUUUAUAUUUUUCCACUUUGGGAAAAUCCUUUUUGCAUCCUGCGAUAUAGUCGCGGGGUAUUUACUCCAUGUGAUACUCAUGGGGCGAGGAAUGGAUGCUGGACGAGCGGGCAAGUAUGCUGCGAUUUGGUUGUUGAAUCCUAUGGUUGCGACGAUUAGUACGCGGGGGAGUAGUGAGGGAAUCUUGGGAGUUUUGGUGCUGGGGUUGUUGUGGGCGGUGUUGGAGAGACGUGUUGGGUUGGCGGGGUGUUUGUUGGGGUUAGGGGUGCAUUUUAAGAUUUAUCCGGUGGUUUAUGGGGUUAGUAUUGUUUGGUUUUUGGAUCGGGAGACUAUGGGGGGUUUCAAGAGUGGAAAAGUCUCUGGGAAAGGGAAGAAGGUGAUAAAGGAGGGAGCUGAGAAGAAGAGUGAAGAUGUUUGGGGGGAGAUCACGGGAUUUAUUAAUAGGGAGAGGAUUGUAUUGGUGACGACUAGUCUGAUGACAUUUAUGAGUCUCAACGCUCUUAUGUAUUACAUGUAAGAAACCCAUUCUCCCAUCCUCCCAUUAAACUAACCAAAACUCCAGCUACGGAUACCCGUUCCUCCAACACACGUACCUACACCACGUAACACGAAUCGACCACCGACACAAUUUCUCCCCCUACAACACACUCCUCUAUCUCCGGUCCGCCAUCCCAUCCUCCACCCCCCUAGCCCUAGAAUCCCUAACCUUCAUCCCACAACUCCUGCUCUCGCUCCUCCUCAUCCCCCUCACCCUCUCCAAGCACGAUCUCCCCAGCACCAUGCUAGCGCAAACCCUCGCCUUCGUAACCUUCAACAAAGUAGUCACAUCGCAAUACUUCCUCUGGUACACCUGUUUAUUACCGCUGUAUCUCUCCACCCCCUCAUGCACACUCAUAAGAUCUCCGCGCGUUGGGGUUCUGGCUGCGACGCUGUGGAUCGCUACUCAAGCAUUUUGGUUACAGCAGGCGUUUGAGCUUGAGUUUUUGGGUAUCAGUACUUUUGUGCCUGGAUUGUGGGUGGCGAGUUUGUUGUUCUUUGCGACGAAUGUUUGGAUUUUGGGCGUUAUUGUGCGGGAUGUUGGACGGGGACCAGCGGCUGUUCAGACGAAAAGAGAUGCUUGAGAUGUGAGGAUUGGAGAUUGGGAAGGUAUAGGUUGGAAGCGAGAAGGAGAGGAAGGGCAUCAAGCGAGGAAGGACAUGUAAAUAUCUGUUCGAGAUGGAGAUGUACACUCGUAGCAUGUAAAUUCCAUUGUGCAGGGAUAGAUAUAUCCUAAACACUCCAAUGUAAAUUCACACAUCCAUCUCAAAAUUCACAAAACAGACGAUUCUCAU